AUGAAUCGUUUUCGCAAGAGAAGAGAAGCCAGAGAAGCACUCGAAGGCUUCCCUCGCCCUUCAAACGAAUCUGAUAUCCCAUCAAUCACGCCAGUCAAAAAAACAUUCCGCCGCGGAAAAAAAACAGCGGAAACAGAGCCGAAGGCAGAGAUCGAUCUUUCUAGUGCACUUCCUUCAUCAGAUGAAUUUCGGACCAGUUUACUUAUGAGCGGCCUAUCGGCCCGCUUCUCUAUGUUACGGGAGCAAGAUGACCCAAAGUCUAAGAAAGGGAAAGCUAGCGACGAUAGUGUAUUAUAUCCAAAACGGCAGUCAAGGAUGAAUGAUUUUGGACGUUCUGGCUACGGAUUGUCAAAUAUUGCCGAAGUCUCUUCUUUGCACAGCUUAACUAGACAACCUACGAUGACUGAGUCUGACAAUGUAAGGUGUUACGACAAAAAUGGGAGGUCCGCUCAAGAUCAGAAUCUACCUCGAGGUGUAAUGAAUCGAUCCAGGCCAGGUGAAGGUAACAUACUAUUUGGAGGCCGGCAGAAAAUCAAUGUUGGUAACCGUGUUCUCUAUGAUGAUGAUGUUCGUCUAUCUUCAUUCCAAAAACAACGUAAGCGUGAGAGAGAGCUCCGACAAGAAAUUGAGUUGGAGGAUCCGCAGCCCUCAUAUUUCAAACCGAAUUCUCCAAACUGCUACAGCUAUACUGAUGAAAAAAACAAACUGAUCUAUGAGCAUCAGCAUUCGAAUUCAUCGAAUACGCCAAGAGAUUACACUAUACGCACCGGAACAGAAAGUGAUAGAAACAUUGCAGGGAGUUCAGAGCCAUCAAAAACUAGAAAUAGGCGUCUGUAUGAAACCGGACUAGAAAACCACCUUCAUCAACAGCACUCUAUGGCAAUGUCCCGAAUUGACACCAUAUCUCAGCAAAGAUCGCACAUUUUCAGUGUUCCCUCACCUAAACCUUCACCUACAAGCGCAGCCAUAGAAAAUAAUGGAUGGAUCACAGAGCAUUCAACCGAGAUAUCUAAGUCUCACAAUUUUAUUGACAUGACUUCACACAGAGGGCUUAGCACACAAAACUACGGUAUUGCUUCACCUCCGCUUAGUCCGCCGUCAAACGAAAAGGAAGAAGGUUUAUAUUACAAUCGUCAGAACAGCGAGAAAGCAACAAAUUUACAAGCUGGUGCACAAGCAAAAGCUUAUAAUAAUGUUCAAAAUAAUUCAAAACAUCAUGAGAUCAUCGAAAGUAGUAAGAAUCGUCGAUCUGAAAAUUCACCAACGCCGAAGGAGUAUGAGAUCCAUCAAAAUAUUACUGAACGUAAUAGGUCGCAAUCAGAUUCCAGUUAUGGGUCUUCACAAUACAACCUAAGCUCGUCCUUAAGAGGAAAUCUUGCGCCUGAUCAACCAUGUGGCUCAAGUCAAAGUAAAUCUAUAACAGUUCCACUUGAGCCUACUAGUUCGUCAUCCACCCCUCCUCUCUUCACCAUGCUGCCUCGUGACCAUGAAUCUCUCUCAAAACCCCUCCCUCCUCCAAAAGAUGAUAUAAACCCGAAAUACCUUGGGCUUUUAAGCUUUCAUCAUCAGCAUCAAGCCAAGCAAAAACGUCCUUCGAUAUCUCAACAUCCUUUGUAUCGUAGCCAUAAGUCCGAUUUCGAAGCCAACAGCGAAAUUGAUCCAAAUUCAUCACACACGCGGCUAAUUCCACUUCAAGAUUCAAAUCAAGCCUCCCAAAAUCACAUAGCCUCAAGUGAAAUAAACGGAAUGGUUCGACAACACAUGCGCUUUGAAAGUAAUGCCUCGUCAGUUUAUGGUGCAGUUACAGAAAAUAACCCUCUUUCAUCUCUUGAACAUCCGAUAAGCAGCUCAUUCAAUGAGUACACCAGUAUUGGUAAUCCCUGGGAAAAUACCGCCGAUGAUAACUGUGAUGAAAUUCAUAAGGAUAGCUUAGAAACAAAUUUAGCGAAGCAAAAUGACCACACCACGCCAUACAUAUUUCUGCGAAGUUCAGAAAAUGCUGGUGCUAACGACAAGAUCGUCUCCUCCGACAAAGAAACGUCAUAUUUUCACACCCGCCAAGUAAGCACUGAUUCUGAAAGAGAACAGAAAGACUUGAUGAAUGAAUUCGCAAAUCGUAGAAGGCAUGUUAAGGAGAAAAUGAAAAGCUUUGUAGAAUCAGAUAAUAGCCUUGCAAGUCCGUCUCAGACCGUCGAAACUCCUAGAGAAAGUAACCCAAAAAAUAGUGCAUUCGGUAUUCUUCGGACUAAGAAUAGCAGAGGGUCUGUUAAGCCUAAAGAUGGACAAUCAAAGACUCUUAAAAUGCUUGGAUUAGGUAAUGUGACAUCAAGUAGCACAGUCUCAUCGAGGCUCCAGAUAAGCGAAGAGAGUGUUGAGGAUGAUGAGGCAUCAAGUACGAUCGGAAGAUCUUCAAUAACAUCGCUCACUAGUGCAUCCCGACAGAUACGUCGCGACCAAGAGCGCCAAAUGCCUACUGCCUCAAAGAAGUCAGAGGCUGAAAGCAGUGACACAAGCUGGAACGCUCAAACUACCAAAAAUCAACUUCGUCCCCAGCAGAGCAGCCUUCCAUCUAAUAAUGAUCGUACUCUCCGUGUCGCAAAUCCAUAUACGACGAUAACUGGAGCGCAUAGUGAGGAAAAUAUUUCUGCCGAAAAGAAUUCUGCGGCAAAAUCUAAUGAAGUCCGUCCCUAUAACAUUGACCGAUCCAAUACCACACCAAAUUUUGGCUCAAUCGUUUCGAAAUACACAUCAUCUCAACAUGAAGCCGAUCAAUCUAAAUUAGGAUAUCCUGAACCAAAAUCUUUUACCUCUAGUACCACAAAUAAAUUAGUAUCCAGCAGGUCUGUCUCCAGUAAAGACUUCACCAACACGCGUCACCCCUCAACAAACAUAUAUCCUAGUUCUCAAAUGAUGAAUUCAGCUCAGUUUAACUCAGUUUCGAAUGAAAAUGUUUAUUCGCUAAAUACUACUCGUAAUGUAUCAGAAAAUAUUUCAGAAAAUUCGCGAUUAAAACCUUAUUCUAGCAAAGCAUCUUUUGCCCCAUCUAUUCCCGCUCACGAUAAAUGUCAGUUCCGCCCGCCGCCAAUUCCACUAGUGAAUCCACGUAGACGCCAAGCCCUUAACCAACCAAGAACAGGCUAUAUGAAUGAGGUUGCUGACAGCAAAGAUAUACUAUCUCGUGAUUUGCGUUCUUGCUCCUCUCCUUUUAUAGAGAGUCAUCAUCCGACUAGAAAUAAAAGUAAGGUGGAACUUCGCCAGGAUAAUGGAGUCCAUCAGACAAAUUCCGGUGAUGCUUCAAGUUUAAAUUACUGGAGGCAGCCCGAAACUUGGAACACAGAAAGAAAGGCGCUAGUAUUGGCCGGGGAUAAUACGAGUCCAUCGAGAAGAAUGAAUGGGGGCGCUUUAUCAUAA